GGAGUCUCUCCUCUGCUACCCCUUCAAAACACAACUCAGGCUAUUCCUCAAAUAACGUCCGGAGAAGCAGAGCCGAAGGAGGCAACAAGAAGAAGAAGAAGGCGGCGGCGGCGGCAUUCUCAGGUUGUGUUUCAAUGGGUGCAGGUGGCCGAAUGGUUCCCCCAACCCCAAGGAAGUCAGAAUCUGACCCCCUGAAGCGAGUUCCAUACUCAAAACCACCGUUUACCCUCAGUCAGCUCAAGAAAGCCAUCCCACCUCACUGUUUUGAACGCUCUGUUCUUCGGUCAUUCUCCUUUCUCGUUUAUGACCUAAUCAUAGCCUUUCUCUUGUAUUAUGUUGCUACCAAUUACAUCCACUAUCUUCCUUACCCUUUUUCUUAUGUGGCUUGGCCAGUUUACUGGGCCUUUCAAGGCUGCAUCUUAACUGGUGUCUGGGUCAUUGCACAUGAAUGUGGCCACCAUGCCUUCAGCGACUAUCAGUGGCUUGAUGACACUGUUGGCCUCAUCUUUCACUCUUGUCUCCUUGUUCCUUACUUUUCUUGGAAGUAUAGCCACCGCCGCCAUCAUUCUAACACAGGUUCUCUUGACAGAGAUGAAGUGUUUGUCCCUAAACAGAAAACCAGUAUUCGUUGGUGGGCCAAAUACUUUAACAAUCCACCUGGCCGCCUUCUUACACUUGUUAUUACACUUACCUUCGGCUGGCCUCUCUAUCUAGCAUUCAAUGUGUCAGGCAGACCUUAUGAUCGCUUUGCUUGUCACUUUGACCCUUAUGGCCCUAUCUACAAUGAUCGCGAGAGGCUGCAGAUUUACAUCUCCGAUGCUGGUAUCUUUGCUGUCAGCUAUGUACUUUACCGUCUUGUAUUAGCAAAGGGGCUCGCUUGGGUUGUUUGUGCAUAUGGAGUGCCAUUGUUGGUGGUGAACGCAUUUCUUGUUACGAUAACAUUCUUGCAGCACACUCACCCAUCGUUGCCUCACUAUGAUUCUUCAGAGUGGGACUGGUUCAGGGGAGCUCUAGCAACCGUUGAUAGAGACUAUGGAAUUCUGAACAAAGUCUUCCACAACAUCACGGAUACCCAUGUAGCACAUCAUUUGUUCUCGACAAUGCCUCAUUAUCAUGCAAUGGAGGCCACAAAGGCUAUAAAGCCAAUACUAGGAGAAUACUAUCAGUUUGACGGGACUCCAGUAUACAAGGCAUUAUGGAGGGAAGCAAAGGAGUGUAUCUACGUUGAACCAGAUGAAGAUGGCCAGGACAAAGGUGUCUUCUGGUAUAAGAAUAAGUUAUGAAUUGCACAAUAGGAAGUUUUAAGUUAUGAAUUGUGGGUUGGGAAGUUUCAGAUUUAUUGCUUCAUUUCCUGCCAUGCCGAAUGCUAGGCUUUAAUUUGAACUUUUUAUCUUAGGUGGUUCUGUUCUACUUCUUUCCAUUAAGUUUAUUGACCUUUAAUUACAUAAUGCUAGAAACAAAUACAACAAACAAAGUCGGAGUUCUAGUUUUGUUCUCUUCUCACUGAUCGUGGAUGUAUCUCCUUGUUUGUUGAACUGUUAAAAUAAUACGCUAGCUUUGGC